UGAACGAGUCAACAUGGCUGCUCUUGCCUUGUGGUAUCUCGCUGUAGCAAGUUUGUUGGGUGUGACCGCUGGCGCCCCUCAGCUGCCACACGACCCUGAGGCCGAACACGCCCCAACGACCCAACCUCCGGUGACUCACAUCAUUAUGGACGCCGAGGACCCGUCGAACCACAGAAACAACAAGAUGGACUCGGCUGCCUUCUACGUGGCCAACGACGCUGGGUUCGAGUACACCAACCCAGAUUUUGUAGACGGGGUGGAGCUCUUGGAGAAGGACAUGAUGUUGACGCCUGAACAGUGGCAAGCUUUUCGGGAGAGGAAAGCCAUUGCUGAUCUGAGAGCCCGAUGGGAUGAAGGCCCCGACGGCUAUCCAUAUGUACCGUACAUUUUCGUGGAUGAAGGUUCCCGAACUAAGAUUGAAGAAGCCAUUAACUCCUGGAUGGAACACACCUGCAUCAAAUUCGAGGAGACAACUGAUGAGGACCAACCACACCUGAGAUUUAUUAAUGGGACAGGCUGCUGGUCCUAUAUUGGGGAACUGUGGAACAGGAAUGGUCAAGAAGUUUCCAUAGGUACUGGCUGUGAAAAUUUCGGCACUAUCGUUCACGAGUUGGGUCACUCUCUGGGCUUUUUCCACGAACAAUCUCGCCCCGACAGAGAUACUUACGUCACCAUUCUCUUGGACAACGUCAUUACCGGGAAGGAACACAACUUUCAAAUACAAUCUACCGCACUCGAUUAUGGUGUACCUUACGACUAUACUUCAAUUAUGCAUUACGGCUCUACG